AUGUGGAAGGUGAAGCUAAAAGUGGUUCCAGUGGUAACUGGAGCAGUGACUCCCAAGCUGGGAAUUAAAGUGAUAGGUGGAGUGAAGGAGCUAACAGGAGAGGAGUUUGGAGUCUACGUCAAACGGAUUUUACCAGGUGGCCUUGCUUCAACUGAUGGAAACCUGAUGCCAGGGGACCAGAUCUUGGAAGUGAAUGGGGACAGCCUAGUAGGUGUCACAAGUGAAAGAGCUGUGGAUAUCUUGAGAGCGGCCUCUGCAACCAAUCACAUGCGACUUCUUGUAGCCAGAGACGAGGAAGCAAAGAGAGAAUUUGCUGAUCUGCUAGAGAAAUAUGGAUCUAAUGGCAGCACUGGAUCAACACGGAACUCUCCGAUCCAGCAAGACCAUCAUCCAGGUGAAGGGGUGAUUCAACUUAUUUCAAUAGCACGAUCCGGCAGUUUAGGCAUCACCAUUGGAGGAGGUUCCAACAGGCCUGACGGCCCUGCAGUCUUCAUCCAGGAGGUCCUGUCAGGAGGAGACUGUCACCGGGAUGGACGGUUGAGACCGGGAGAUCAGCUCAUUGCUAUUAACAAGGAGUCCUUGAUUGGUGUGACACAUGAAGAGGCCAAAAGCAUGCUAAACAAAGUGAAAUUCAGUCUGAUGACAGCACAUGCUUCAUGUCUCUCUCAGGCCUUGUCCUUCCUCGGUUUGGAUGUCACAGAAGAGAAGAAGAAGCAGCUGCGACAGAGUCUGACCACAGACCCACAAGGCACUGUGGCCUACGGAGACUUUGUGGAGGCGACCCGGAACAUCUUCCAGGAGAACCUGGAGGAGCUGGGCCUGGAGACGGGUCCCUUCACUUUCUCCUACCAUGAAGCAGCUAGUCUGAUGGAUACCUCAGCCUUCCACUCACCUACAUAUGAAUCCGAGUGCAGCUACAGCAGUGAGGAGAUGGAGCAGUUUCAGACGGAGGUGAAGCAGCUGCAGACGCAGAUGAAACAGCUCAAGGUGAUGCUGAAGGACAUGGAACACAGCAAGAAAACCCUCGAGGAGGAGUUGCAGAAGACCUCAGAGAAAGCCUGUCUGACUGUAGAGGAGAACACUCGCCUGAAGAGUCGUCUGCAGGCGGCCGAGGCGGUGCAUCGGCAGGCCGGCAGCGCCGAGCAGGACUAUGAAGAAGUCAUCCAGCUGCUGGAGGCUGAGAUCAGAGACCUGAAGAGCCAGCUGGCCACCAAGAAGCAACGGCGGGGAGCAGAGUCCAUGCAGCACAGAGAGAGCCGGUGUGUGUUACUGCUGCCAGCGCUCGGCCUCACAGCUGUCACAUAUCUCUCUUUACAGAACGUCCACAAAGUGCUGACCACGCCCAGCCUGUUUGGAGAAGGGGGGAGUAACAGGUCAUCUCCUGCCACGGAAAGCCCCGACAUCCCAUCACCAAUUCCUGACCCAGCCUUCCAGCUGGCUGUGGAAGCCAAAGAGCUGGUGGAGGGGGUGUGUACUCUCACAUCUGAUACAGAACCGGUGAGUGCAGAUGCAGCAUCAGCUCCAGACGUCAGUCCUCAUCAUGUGUGAACAGCACCAAGCCAAAGAGGACUGAGUCCAGACCUGGGCCGGGCAGAAGACACCCAACGAGCAGCUGACCUCGCCAUGCACUUCACCACAGUCCGCAGCAAACACGCCCUUCUACGACAGGACACGAUGACAGUUAAACCCUCGCUGGGACAGACCGACCACGUUUUAAUGCCAAAGCCUGUUUGUGCACAUGAAAUUAGUGUUUUCCCUCCAAUUACUCCAAAUGCUCCUCACAGGGCUCAGCGAUGGGAUCUGCUGAUCCAGGCUCAUCCUGUCAGCAGCACAUGUACAGACGUCUCUGUGAGAAGUGCUGCUGCAAUUCUUAGUGUGUUACUCUUACAGCAGGUGGUGCAGGUGGAGCUGCAUGACCUCCACACACCCCCACAGUGUCACUGCUGUAAACCUUGUUAAUACUCUUGCCAACCUCUUUUCUAUCCUCACAAACACAAACUCAUCUCCACUCCGUAAAGGAGGACUUACUUGGAAAGCUGAUGUGUACAGCGUGUUCCCCUGUGUCAGAAACUCAUGACAGAUUAGCUCGUUCGCUCUAACACAACAUCUGCCGUGCUUCCUUCCCUCGCGCCCUCACUCACACUGUCAUGGAAGACAAGGAAUGGAGGUUUGAAGGUGCAGCGUGGAUCAUCUCCAUCUCAUUGCCUGGUUCAUGUUGAUGUGUCUCCUGCGUUCAGGAGUAGUGUACCUGUAGCUCCAGCUGUGUAACUGUGUUUGGUGUCCUGUGUAGGCAGACCUCAGUCUUAGGCUACAUGUUGAACAUAGAUUUGAUUUCUACAGACAUCUACAACUGCAGUGACAAUGAUGACAUGUCCUUCAACCAGAUCUUCUUUGGUGUGGCCUCAUUCUUUCUGUUACUGUUUUAUAUUAAAGGAAUAACUGAUGA